GCGGAGCUUUCACCCGCGUCACGGAACGAAGCUAGCGUCCGAAGCCCGACUUUUAUCACAUAUGGGCCAAAACUUGAUAGCAUCCAUCACGCACGUAAAUGUGGGUGAUGUUGUUGCCAUUAUUGUCUUGCUUGCCUUUUUCUGGCUGGAUUAUGCGCAGGAUUGGUUUACGUAUAACAAGGAUUGGAUACAUCAGCUAGCCCCUGAAAAAUCCAAAGGUUUACUUAUUGCGUCCAACAGCGGUCGAAAGAGCGAAGAACUCAGCCAAAAACCGAGGACGGAAAGCGAUGUGGAGGAGAUUCAUAUAAAAGUCCUCCUUCUUCGGCUUCGUCGACCCCAACCAACAGAAGCAGGACAGAGGGCAAGAUUGGGGGCGGAGGACGCAGACGAAAGAAAGUCUCCUCACUACCUCCGGUUUUUCCCACUCCCUCCUAAGGAAGUCGUCCCGUCCACGGCCUCCAGGCAUGAGGGCAGCGGCACGGGGAGUGGAUCCUUGGGGAGGGAGAGGUGGCGCCCCCGACGGUUGAGGAUAGAGGUCUGGGAGGAGGAGGAGGGAGAGGAGGGAGGAAGCCGUCUUCCUGCCUAUCUUGCUGACAUUGAUGGAGUCAUAGUCCGGGCCAGCAAAGCCUCCAUCGCGGCACUUCCAUGCACUGUCGCCAGGCUUCGGGAAAGGGUUCCGGCCGCCGCUCUCUCCCUCCCGCCCUCCGAUCCUCCGUGCCCGCCCCCCCGUCCCUGGAUGAUCCUCUUCCAUCAGCCUCAAGGCAGCGCGGACGAUCGAGAAACAGGAAGGGAGGAGGAAACGGGCCCAGAAAUCGGGGAGGAAAGUGCAUCUACCCUUGCAGCAGCUUGCGGGGUCACACGUGUCUUGCUGCCUUCUCCUCCCUCCUCCUCCUUCUCCUCAACCUCCUCAUUCCUUCCAUUGUCAUCGUCUCGCUCCCCAUCCCCGCCCUCCCUCUCCUCCGCCUUCCAUAUGAUGAUCAGCGACGUC